AUAUCUUUGCUUUAAGACUGUACCUAGUGUGGUGUGACAUUUCCUUGCGGCGUGCUGUUUGUAACUAUCGCCUGCCUGUAGUGAAAGUGGAGAAAUUGGGUACAUGUGUCUGAUUAAUAGAUAGCUUCGUUUUAGUUUAUUGCCAAUCAUAUUAACAUUAAAAAUCAUGACAAUCAACAAAGAUUUGCAACGCGAAAGGGAAGGAUGUACUUUUGAUACUCAAGAAUUGACUCAUUGGCUAGAUGGGAGUGCCAAGAAAACUUUCCAACGCCGAGAAACAGAGGACUUUUUCCUGAAGGACCCGGACUUACGUACUAAAAUGUCUCCGAAAUACCUGAGUCACAAAGAAGUUUACGAAGAUGCAAUACAAAAGAGCUGUUUGGUGCUUAAAAAAGUUCGCGAGUUUCAAGAUAUGGGAAAGGGUGGUGAUAUUACUAUUUAUUCACAAGUUUUGGGAGGAAUGCUCGGAUCAGCGAUGUUAAAAGAUGGAAAUCCCUUAUCUUUACACUAUGUGAUGUUCAUUCCCACUAUUAUGGGCCAAGGAACACCUGAGCAGCAAUCACAAUGGAUAACCAGAGCGUGGUUUGGGAACAUUAUUGGUACUUACGCUCAGACUGAAUUAGGUCAUGGAACUUUUAUCAGAGGUCUAGAAACAACGUCUACGUAUGAUCCUUCAACCCAAGAAUUUGUUUUAAACAGCCCUACUUUGACUUCUUUUAAAUGGUGGCCUGGUGGUUUGGGCCAAACAGCAAAUUAUGCGGUAGUAGUUGCGCAAUUGUACACCAAAGGAGAAUGUAAAGGGAUUCAUCCCUUCAUUGUCCAGUUAAGAGAUGAAGGAACUCAUGAACCACUGCCAGGAAUAAAAAUUGGAGAAAUUGGGACGAAAUUAGGCAUGAAUGGAACAAAUAAUGGAUUUCUUGGUUUUGAAAACUACAGGAUACCUAGAGAACACAUGUUAAUGAAAAAUUCUCAGGUAUUAAAGGAUGGAACAUACGUGAAAGCCCCGAAUUCAAAAUUGACUUAUGGUACAAUGAUGUUUGUACGCGUUGUUUUGGUUCGUGAUGCCAGUCGAUAUUUAUCUAAAGCGUGUACAAUCGCGAUUAGAUACAGUGCUGUUCGAAAGCAAGGUCAAAUUAAAGCUAGUGGUCCCGAAACACAGAUAAUUGACUACGUGACUCAGCAAUACAAACUUUUCCCCGUGUUGGCGGCUUGCUUUGCUUUCUCGAUGGCAGCUGAUUAUAUAUGGGAAAUGUAUAACAACGUGAACGCUGAAUUGGAUCAAGGAGAACUAGAAAGGCUACCGGAGGUUCGAAUCGAAAAAGCGUUUUGUAAAUUGCAUCUCACAUUUUUUUGUUUAAUUCCUUAUUUUUGCUCCUCGGUGAGAAAAAUUCAGCUUGCUGUGGAAAAUAUGGAGAGGCGAAUUAAGACCGGGAUGUCGUACGAAGAUGCUUGGAACGCCACCAGCAUCGAAUUGUCUCAAGCAGCUGAAUCGCAUUGUCGUGUUUUUCUAGUAGAGACAUUUAUCAAUGGUGCGAAAGGAUUAACAUCCCUUUCGAAAAACCUUCAAGAAGUUUUACUUCAACUCUGCGAGUUAUAUUCAAUUCACUGGGUUUUGCAAAAAGUCGGCGACUUUCUGAGAUUUUCCUGUUUGAAUACCCAAGACGUGUCAGUGCUUCAAAAGCGACUUGAAGAAUUAUUGUUAAUGAUUCGCCCUAAUGCUGUAGGAAUCGUUGAUGGAUUUGACAUUCGCGAUGAAAUUUUAAACUCUGCUUUGGGUGCAUACGAUGGCAACGUUUAUCAGCAUCUCUUCGAUGAAGCUAUGAAAAGUCCACUAAAUCAGGAAAGUGUUAACCAGUCUUACCACAGUCAUCUAAAACCAUUCAUGAAGAGCAAUUUGUAGUAUUCAAAGUGUGAAAUAGUCUGCCAAACGAGAUAUAUGUUUAUAAAUAUUUAUUAGAUAUUAAUUUAGAGAUCGAGGUUUUUCAGGAAACAUAGUGGGGGGAGAAGGAAAUAUAUUUUACCGUCCAUGAAGCGAGUUCGUUUUGAAGAAUACAUGUUUUAAUAAGGGCCUAAAAAAUGGCACAAUCACAACAUGUUUUCAAAUAUAUAUCGUAAGGAUACGUAAAGAUAAGGGAGUUAAAUAUUCGUGAUAAUCUUACCUUCCGGAUGUAUCGUAUCAAAAUCUUUUUAAUAUUAUCUGUACAAGUUAAUAUAUAUAAACACUGAUUAAUACACAGCACGGAAUACCGAAAGACAUGAUUACGAUUUAAUAAUAUACCCUACAGAUUGCAACUGUGGAAUUUUACGUCCCAGACAUAGGAAUAAUAUGUAAAUCGCUUGAUAUUUUUAAAAACUUGUAUUCAUUAAACAGAUUAAACGUGUGACAUUUAAUAUUUUAAGAUACAAUUUUUAGGCGGGCUGUAGAAACAUAAUUACACUAGACAUCACAUUGCAGUGUACUCUUGAGAGUUUCAAAACUCAUCGCGAGAUAUGAAAUAUUAGAGAUAGAAUUUGCAUGAAAGUAUUUUUUCACAAAUAAAAUAUGAUAUGAGAUUA